AUGUCGAAGACAAUCCAAGAAAUACUAGCUGGGAAGGUCAACUCUGGACAUGAUCAGCCCGUCAAAUAUAUGGGGACUGUAGAGGCAUAUGAUAAAUGGGCAGAGGUCUACGAUACAGAUGGAAACUUUCUUCAAAAACUCGAUACCAUCGAGAUGCGUGCGCUGCUCCCCCGGUUCCUAGACCUUGUGAAUGCUCAAUCCCAAGCACAGACACCAGGUCAGCAACUGAAGAUAGUAGACCUGGGAUGUGGAACAGGCAGAAAUACCAUCCAGUUAUUGAAUGCUAUAUCUGCGCGACAGACAACCCCGGCGGCCCUCGCAGCGCAAGUUGAAGUUGUAGGAGUCGAUGCGUCGCCGGGGAUGUUGGAAGUUGCGAGAACAGCGAUCCAAUCUGCCACUGCCAACAAUGGACCAGGGAGCGAGCAGGAAAAAGUUUCGCUGGAUGUUUUCGAUCUUCUAAACCCGGUUUCGGAUGCGCUACUGCCUGCUUCCUUACAAGGGUCAGGCGCGGAUGGAGUCAUUUCUACACUUGUGUUGGAACAUCUGCCCUUGAAAGAGUUCUUUGAGAAUGCGUCGGCGAUUAUGAAAAUCGGGACGUAUUUUCUUGUGACGAAUAUGCAUGCGGAGAUGGGGGCAAUCAGUCAAGCUGGAUUCACGGAUCCGCAGACUGGAGUUAAGAUCCGGCCUACGAGUUAUUGUCACUCUAUUCCAGAGGUACUAGACGCAGCCAAAAAGGUCGGGUUCCAAGUAACAAACUUGGUCGAAGGCGAGGACGCUGGUGUUUCGGAGAGAGCGGUCGAUGAGCACUUGUCAGAGGUGUUGGGCGCACGGGCGAAGAAGUGGGUUGGGGUCAAAGUAUGGUUUGGAGUAUGCUUUAAAAAGGUAUAG